GCAGCAGCGUCAGAGCUGGGUGCAGCAGAGGUCGGGGGCUCAAGCAGAGCUUUGAAAGCUUCCUCCACUCUUUCCUGGGAAGUAGAAGCUGAAUUUCUGUCCCCGUCCUCCUGCACUCCCAGCUGCGCUGGAUCCUCCCCUUGGCAGUUUCUGUCCCUAGUCCUGCCCGCCCCUUCACUCUUGUAUAUAUGACCCUCUCCGAGUAACUUUUGCUUCACAAAAAUCCAGUCCAGGCAGCUGUAAUUCCUCUUGCGUGCACCCAGCAGCCCUGAACGUCUGAUCUGACAUGGCAAAAUGCGGAGCAUGUGGUCCAGGAUAUGCAACUCCUCUGGAUGCCAUGAAAGGUCCCCGGGAGGAGAUUGUGUAUCUGCCUUGUAUCUACAGAAACACUGGGAUAGAGAAACCUGACUACCUGGCCACUGUGGAUGUUGACCCCAAAUCUCCACACUAUUGUCAGGUGAUCCAUCGCCUGCCCAUGCCGAAUCUUAAGGAUGAGCUCCAUCAUUCAGGGUGGAAUGCCUGUAGCAGCUGCUUUGGGGAUGCCACAAAGAGAAGAAAUCGUCUGAUUCUACCAAGUCUGAUCUCUUCUCGAAUUUAUGUGGUGGAUGUGGGAACAGACUUGCGAGCUCCUAGAAUCCAUAAGAUUGUUGAGCCAGUGGAGUUGUUCUGGAAGGGUAACGUGGCUAAUCCUCACACCUCUCACUGUCUGGGCAGUGGUGACAUCUUAAUCAGCUGUUUGGGAGACCCUUCUGGCAAUGGAAAAGGUGGCUUUAUUUUGCUGGAUGGAGAGACCUUUGAAGUGAAAGGAAAUUGGGAGAAUGAGGAAAAGGUACCCCCCCUGGGUUAUGACUUCUGGUAUCAGCCACGACACAAUGUCCUGAUGAGCACUGAAUGGGGAGCCCCAAAAGCCUUGGCAGAUGGGUUUAACCCAGCUGAUGUAGAGAGAGGGCAUUAUGGCUGCCGCAUUAAUGUGUGGGACUGGAGCACUCACACCUACAUUCAGGCAAUUGACUUAGGGAAGGGCUCCAUACCCUUGGAAAUUCGAUUCCUCCACAAUCCGGAUGCUGCAGAAGGGUUUGUUGGAUGUGCUCUGAGUGGUGCAGUUCAUCGGUUCUACAAGACAGAGAAAGGAGACUGGGCAGCAGAGAAGGUGAUUCAAGUACCCAGCAAGAAGGUACAAGGAUGGCUUCUCCCUGACAUGCCUGGCCUUAUUACUGAUAUCCUCAUCUCGCUGGAUGACAGGUUCCUGUAUUUCAGCAACUGGCUGCAUGGAGACAUCCGCCAGUACGAUAUCUCCAACACCCGCAAACCCAAGCUGGUGGGACAGGUGUUUUUGGGAGGCAGCAUCACAAAAGGGGGGCCUGUAACUGUAGUGGAAGACAAGGAAUUGCAGUGUCAGCCAGAGCCAUUUGUGAUCAAAGGGAAGAGGGUGCCAGGUGGACCUCAGAUGAUUCAGCUUAGUUUGGAUGGGAAGAGAUUGUAUGUCACCAGCUCUCUCUACAGUGGAUGGGACAAGCAGUUCUACCCCGAUCUUGUCAAGGAAGGCUCUGUUAUGCUGCAGAUUGAUGUGGAUACUGAAAGAGGUGGAUUGAAAGUGAAUAAAAACUUCCUAGUGGAUUUUGGGAAGGAACCUGAAGGGCCUGUCCUAGCUCAUGAGGUUCGUUACCCUGGUGGUGACAGUACCUCUGAUAUCUGGAUGUAAUUGUUGUCUGGAGUUGGUUUUGUUUUUUUUUUUUUCUUUCUGUUGUUUUUUUCGCUUUCUCCCUCUCUCUCCUCUCUACCCCCCUUUUAUAUAGGUGAAUCCUGUCAGCUGUAACUUUGUCCACUGUCUGAAUUUAGACUUCCAUUAGGGUGAGCCACAGAAGUUCCACUUUUCUCUCAUUCUGAGGCAGCCAAGUGAAUCUCUCUGAAACAUGAUAUACAUCUCAUUUUCUCUACUCCUUCCUCUUUCAUAAGGUCCUGUGUAAUCACUGUUGACUGUUGGUUUCAAGGCCGAGGUCACCCAUCUUUUAAGGACUCUUUGCCUUGUUUGAUGCUACUUUGCCUUGCCACUGUUUGCCAGUUUGCCUUGCCACUGUUUGCUGGUGGAAAAGCUGCCCCUAAAUAACUCCCUAAGGAGGAUACAUUCCGUGGGUUUGCCCCAGAGCAAGAGUAUCCUGUCCCUGCAAAGCUUAAUUUGCUUAAAGUAAUCAGUGCUUUACAGCAGACAUAGCAUAAAAAUCAUGCAUAUCUAAUCUGAAGCCACAUGUUUCUGGAGCUGGGUUGUAAUUUAACGUUUGUGCACUGAUGUUAUAAAAAUCAACAAUAAAAUUGUUCUUCAAGUCA